UGUACCCUGCCUGGCCGUUUGUUUUCGUGCGGUUUUUUCGGUGUACGGCAGCUCAAUAGGGUCAACGCGGAUCGCGUGAGUUUGUCGGCAGACCAGCAGCCUGUCCAUCGGUGUUGGAGCCUGUUGGAGCCAGUUGUUGGAGCUCCGGCCAGAGGCGAGAAUGGAGCGGAGCGAGGGGGGCGAGAAUGAGAGCUGCUCGUCCCAACAAAACACAAUGUGGAAACAGAUCCAAGCCAAAGCCAAACCGCUGCUCAGCCCCAAGCUGGGAGCCCGAGAGCCCGAGGAGAAGAAGGAGCGAGGCGGGUGGAUGUUCAAGAGGAUGAAACGGAAGGAACAUGUCGUUCUGGACCGGGUGAUCUCCUCCUCUCAGCCUGACUUGCUCUUCUCAUCUCAGGUGGAGUUAGAAACGAAGGAGGCUCAGCUCUGCGGCAAAGCGGCCAAGAGCAGCUCCGGUCUCGGUCGGGAGAAGCUCCUGUCGUCCUCCAGGCACCAGUCCGUCAGCCAGGAUAAGCCCACGUUGGCUCACCUGGUGCAGUCCCACCACAAGAGCUCGUCUCUCGGGUCAGCCUGCUUGGAGAGGUUGUCCGAGUUACCGAGCAGCGGCGGCGGCGGCGGCGGCAGCGGCAGCGGCAGCGGAGGAGGCGAAGCGGCAACAGCUGCCGCAGCACCAGGAGCGCAGCUGGAGAGCAGAGAUGAGCAGCCGGGUGUGGGUGCUCCAUGCUCCUCGGGGGUCACCCCUGAGAGAGCCGUCCACAGCUCAGGGAUGUACAAGCUGGAGAUUGAGCUGAAGAGAGGACACAAUCUGGCCGUCCGAGACAGAGGAGGCAGCAGUGAUCCCUAUGUCAAGUUCAAGCUCGCUGGUAAAGAGGUGUUCAGAAGCAAAACCAUCCACAAAAACCUGAACCCAGUGUGGGAUGAGAAAACGACUCUAAUAAUGGAUUGUCUGAGCGAACCUUUGUAUGUGAAGGUGUUCGACUAUGACUUUGGCCUUCAAGAUGACUUCAUGGGCUCUGCGUACCUUUACCUGGAGUCUCUGGAGCAGCAGAGGACGAUACCUGUAACGCUGGUGCUGAAGGACCCUCACCACCCUGACCAGGACCUGGGCAGCCUGGAGCUGGCUGUCACCCUGACACCUAAAGACAGUCCUAUAGAGGAGCGCCGAGACUCUACUCAGAGCGAGGUUAAGGCGUAUCGGUGGAAGCCGUAUGUGAAUAAAACUAUGCUGCUCAGGAGGUCCUGGAAACGAUCCACUAAGCAGCAGCAGUCAGUGCGUCUCUCAGAGCUGCACAGGAAAGCCCAGCUGUGGAGAGGAAUCGUCAGCAUCGCGCUCAUCGAAGGCCGGAACCUGAUUCCCAUGGACCCCAACGGCCUGAGCGACCCCUACGUCAAGUUCAGACUGGGACACCAGAAGUACAGGAGCAAGACGGUGCCAAAGACCCUGAGUCCGCAGUGGAGGGAGCAGUUUGACCUUCAUCUGUAUGAAGAGACGGGAGGAGUGUUGGAGAUCACAGUGUGGGACAGAGACACCGGCAGGAGAGACGACUUCAUUGGACGCUGCCAGCUGGAUCUCUCCUCUCUGGCGAAGGAGCACACUCAUCACCUGGAGCUGCCGCUGGAGGAGUCGCGGGGCUCCGUGGUGCUGCUGGUCACGCUGACGGCCUCCGCUCACGUCUCCAUCGCCGACCUGUCCGUCACUCCGCUGGACGACCCGCAGGAGCGCAGGGAGAUACUCAAACGAUACGGCGUGUGGAAGUCCUUCUCUAACCUCAGAGAUGUGGGCAUCGUGCAGGUGAAGGUGAUGAGAGCAGAAGGACUCAUGGCUGCAGACGUAAACGGUAAGAGCGAUCCAUUCUGUGUGCUGGAGCUGAAUAACGACAGACUGCAGACACACACGGUUUACAAAAACCUGAAUCCAGAGUGGAACAAAGUCUUCACCUUUAACGUGAAAGACAUCCACUCUGUGCUGGAGGUGACGGUGUUCGAUGAGGACAGAGACAGGAGUGCUGACUUCCUGGGGAGGGUGGCCAUCCCCUUAUUAUACAUCCGUAACGGCGAGCAGAAGAGCUACGUGUUGAAAAAUAAGGAGCUGACCGGUCCGACCAAAGGUGUCAUCUACCUGGAGAUCGAUGUCAUCUACAACACUGUUAAAGCUGCUUUGAGGACAGGCGUCCCUGCAGAGCAGAAAUACAUGGAGGAAGAACCAAAAGUCUCCAAACAUUUGCUCCAGCAGAACUUCAACCGUGUGAAGAGGUGCAUCAUGGUCCUGAUUAGCUACGGGACGUACAUCAACAGCUGCUUUGAAUGGGAGUCUGCACAGAGGAGCAUCAUCUCCUUCGUGCUGUUCGUGGUGGUGGUCUGGAACUUCGAGCUCUACAUGUUGCCGCUGGCUCUGCUGCUGCUGCUGGUCUGGAACUACUUCUUCUCCUCGAGCAGGGAAACAGCGGACACGUCCAUGGAGGCCAUGUUUGAAUGGGAAGAUGAAGAAGAGGACAAAGAUGACAAGGAGUCGGAGCACAAAGGCUUCAUGGACAAACUGUACGCCAUCCAGGACGUGUUCAUCAGCGUGCAGAACGCUCUGGACGAGGUGGCGUCACAUGGAGAGAGGAUAAAGAACACCGUUAACUGGACAGUGCCUUUUCUCAGCUGGUUGGCGAUCACUGCCUUAUGUUCGGCCACAGUGCUGCUCUACCUCAUACCUCUCCGAUACCUUGUGCUGGCGUGGGGUGUGAAUAAAUUUACCAAGAAGCUUCGGGAUCCGUACAUGAUCGACAAUAAUGAGCUUCUGGACUUCCUCUCCAGAGUGCCGUCUGAUGUCCAGGUGAUGCAGUAUCGUGAGCUGAAGGUCGACCCCGGACAAAGUCCCAACAAACGCAGGCGGACAAACCUGAGUUAGCAGCUGGCUCGCCGCCGUCCGUCGCCUCUCCCGUCAACAUUUGAUCUGUAAACACUGUAAAGUAUCUUAUUUAUAUAUUUCUUGUAUAUUCUGAUUAUUCUGUUGAGUUGUUUCUGUUUUGUUACUGUGCAAAGAUUUAUUUUCUAAACCUUGUAAAGAAAAUCUCCAUCUUGUUUUUUAAUCACUUCCAUUCGUGUAACGACGCUCCUCACGCAGGACGAACACAAACACAUAAUAAUGUACGUGUGUGUGUGUGUGUGUGUCCGUGUUAGUCAGAGUGUGCAUGUGUGAAGGUGUGUUACUGCUGCAUGGAGUCGUUGAACUGGAUGUAUCGUCGUGUCUGAUGUUGCCUCAAACACUCAGUUGCAUGUUCGUGCUGCCGUUGUUGCUCCAUGUUUGACAGUAUUUACACACAGUGUGUAUAAAUACCUCAUAUGAAACACACAUCAGAUUAGCAUGUUAGCUUAACCUUCAUGUGCUCAGUGAAAACAGCAUCAACAUGAGUUCAGUCUGGAAAACUAAAUGUUACUGACUUCAUUUACUUUCAUGUUAUUUUGAGGGACAUUUCACUGUUUUUAUGCAUGAAGGUCAGUUUCAACAACUCAACAGGUAAACACACCUGUAAGUCUGGACGGAGAUUUCCAGCGCCUGAGAAACCUGCAGAUUGAUCCAGAAUGAUAAAAAUCAUUAGUUGCAGUCUAGUAAAAUCAGUAACAUCCUGCUUUGAGGUGAACGACUGAGUCACAAUAAUCUAAUGAGAUCAGACAGAACAGUAGAACAGUCACAGAGAGAUUUUACUGCACUCAAUACUUUUACUUUAAUACUUCAAGUACAUUUACUGAUUAUACUGGUAUACUUUUACGUAAAAUUUUCAAUGCAGUUCUUUAACGUAUAGCAGAGUAUUCCUACAGUGUGGUAUUAAUACUUUUAGUAAAUUACAUGAUCUGAAUACUUCCUCCACCACUGUCUUUAACUUAGACUUGGUUUGUAUAUUUCUUAAUAAAAUCACUUUACUGGUUUACAGAAAUAUUAUCCCAACACUUUUCACACUGUCUAAAUUCACCUCAGCAAAGUGAUGUCGGGUGUGAACUCACAGGUGUGGCCAUUCUGGUCUCCAUGGCAACGUUGAAGUACCGACAUGUUGGAGAGUCACCAUCACCUAUGAAAGAUCUGUGGAAGAUAUAACAUGCCUUAAUAAACAAAAUAUAGUAUAAUAAGCAAGUUAAAGAAAUAAAGUGAAAUGCAUUUAUGUUCUGUAUUAUUUGCUGUCAUAAUUGUUCCCACGCUGUGAUUGGAUAGUUGCUUUUACAGUCUUUAUACAAUUAUGAGGUACAUGUACUUACUUUUUAUCUUGCAGAACGAUAGAUUUCCUUUGAGAAAUUUUAUAUUUUUUACUUCAUUUAAUAAAUAUCUUCAGUUUUUACUUUGCAGACUGAGAUUAAUAAUACAAAAUGUAAUGUAAUCAUCAGAUAUACUGUUAUGUAUUACAGCACCACCUCUACCAUCUGCAACACUAAGUGAUGUUAAUGCAUUAUACAACAAUAAUGUAACAGAAGUAGCAUUUUGAAUGCAUGACUUGUACUUGUACAUAUUGUACUUGUGAGUAUUUCUACGCUUGUAUUGUAACUUUUACUUCAGAGUACGUCUGAGUACAUCUUCCUGAACCUGAACCUACUGACAGGUCUUUGUGUUGGCAGGUCUUGUAAUUGAAAUCAUUCAGUUAUUAAAGGCAAAAAGGUAAAAAUUGUCCUUUUAACAUAUGUUUUUUUUUAUUUUAUCGCUACACAGUAAAUGCAUAUAUAAGAAGGAAAACCAUUAAAACUCCAUGUAUUAUAUUUCACUUUUCUUUGAUUUUUGAUUUUGGCAUUUUAAACCCUCCAUAAAGAUGAACUAUAUGAGUGUUUUUAAAGUGUAUUUUUACAGAAAAUAUUGUUCGGGCUUGUUCCAAGCAGACAGAAUCUUAAUAUUUCAUCUCGAAGAUUCAGCAGCAGUUUAUUUUUUCUCCAGACGUUAGUUCGUGGUCAUUAAUCUCACUGUUCUGUGCUUUAUAAUCUCCGAAGGACCUGGAAUGAGAUUUCCUGCAUGUCUGUAAACUGUCAUUUGUAUGUGUCAAAGUGUUUUGCAUGACUGAACAUAAACUAUAUGCAAGUGCAUUUAUGGACACUGAAUGUGACGUUCAUGUCAUACGUGUGACGUUCAGAUCCACCUGAGCUCCAGGUAAAGAGAGAAGAAUCUGUGUGAUGGAUCUUAUAUAAUGUUUACUCUCUUCACCAAAUCAUCACUUCUGUCGUUUUGCAAAUGAUCUCUUUUUGUUUCCUGUUGCAUCGUUUGCAGCCAGUGUUUAAUUCCUGCGAUCGUACUGUAACGACCGUGUAGCAUUUAUCUGACAAAGUAUAUUUCUACACAGACUUCCUAUGUCUCUCCUUUACUGUUUGCUGUGUGUAACAAUUUAAUUUCCCCUGUGUGGGAUUAAUAAAGUUUUAUCUUAU